UUCAUUAUUGAGUUUUUUCUCCAGAUUUCUCAUACAGAUUCAAUCUAUGGCUGUGCAUUUUCUUCUUCUGCUUUUUGCAGUGUCUGUUGUUGCAGCUGAUGAAGAACCAUUUGUUGGAGUGAAUAUUGGAACGGAUCUCUCAGAUAUGCCACACCCUACUCAAGUAGUAGCUCUACUUAAAGCCCAGCAAAUUCGGCAUGUUAGAUUGUAUGAUGCUGACCAAGCUAUGCUCCUUGCACUUGCAAAGACAGGCAUUCAAGUUGUUGUGACUGUCCCAAAUGAAGAGCUCCUAGCAAUUGGUCAAUCGAAUUCCACGGCUGCCAACUGGGUUUCCCGCAACGUGGUAGCACAUUAUCCAGCCACCAAUAUCACAGCCAUCUGUGUUGGUUCCGAGGUUUUAACUACCCUCCCAAAUGCAGCAAAAGUACUUGUCAACGCACUUAAGUACAUUCAUUCAGCCCUUGUGGCAUCCAAUCUUGAUCGCCAAGUUAAAGUUUCAACCCCACUUUCCUCUUCCAUCAUCCUUGAUUCAUUUCCCCCUUCUCAGGCCUUCUUUAACCGCUCACUUGAUCCAGUUUUAGUCCCAAUGCUUGAUUUCCUGCAAUCCACGGGCUCUUAUCUAAUGCUCAACAUAUACCCUUACUAUGAUUACAUGGUAUCAAAUGGAGUGAUUCCAUUAGAUUAUGCACUUUUCAAACCUCUCCCUCCAAACAAAGAAGCUGUUGAUUCCAAUACCCUUGUCCAUUAUACCAAUGUCUUUGAUGCCAUGGUUGAUGCUGCAUACUUUGCCAUGGCUUUUCUAAAUUACACAAACAUUCCUGUAGUGGUGACAGAGUCAGGAUGGCCCUCUAAAGGUGGCUCUAACGAGCCGGAUGCAACAGUAGACAAUGCCAAUACUUAUAACAGCAACUUGAUUAAGCACGUGCUUAACAAAACCGGAACUCCCAAACAUCCUGGAAUUGCUGUUAGUACUUACAUCUAUGAGCUCUACAACGAAGAUAUGAAGCCUGGGCCUGUGUCAGAGAAGAACUGGGGGCUCUUUGAUGCAAAUGGAACUCCUAUUUACAUUCUACACUUGACAGGGUCAGGAGCAGUCUUGGCAAAUGACACCAGCAAUCAAACUUUCUGCGUUGCAAAGGAUGGUGCUGAUCCGAAGAUGCUGCAGGCUGCACUAGAUUGGGCAUGUGGACCUGGCAAGGUGGAAUGCUCUCCAUUGCUGCAAGGGCAACCGUGUUAUGAACCUGAUAAUGUGAUUGCACACGCAAAUUAUGCUUUUGACACUUACUUUCAUAAGAUGGGAAAGACUCCCGAUGCAUGUGACUUCAAUGGAGUGGCUACAAUCUCCACCUCUGAUCCAAGUCAUGGUUCUUGUGUAUUUCCUGGAAGUCUUGGCAAAAAUGGCACCUUAGGUAACUUCACAGCUCCAUCAAUGAAUUCUACUAAUGCAGAUUCCUCAGCCUACAACCUUAGCAACUGUGACUUGGGAUUUAGAAGCCUUCUAAUGAUAACAGGAUUUCUAGUAUGGGGAGUGGUUUUGCUAUGA